GGAGCUGAACGCCUGCAGAGAGCAGCUGCUGGAGAAGGAGGAGGAGAUUUCUGAGCUCAAAGCUGAAAGGAACAACACCAGGCUACUGCUGGAGCAUCUGGAGUGCCUGGUGUCCAGACACGAGCGGUCGCUUCGUAUGACAGUGGUCAAGCGGCAGGCUCAGUCGCCCUCAGGAGUCUCCAGUGAAGUUGAGGUCCUUAAAGCACUCAAGUCCUUGUUUGAACACCAUAAAGCCCUAGAUGAGAAGGUAAGAGAGAGACUACGGGUGUCACUGGAGAGGGUGUCUGCCUUGGAGGAGGAGCUCACAGCAGCCAAUCAGGAGAUUGUGGCCUUACGGGAACAAAAUGCUCACAUUCAGAGAAAAGUGGCUUCCGGAGACGGAGGAGAGGACAUACUGGAGGGCAGUGAAGCUCAGCAGAAGGUCCAUGGCAAGCGUCUGUCCAACGGCUCUCUGGAGUCGGCCCAUGAGGCGAGCCAGGUGGUGGAGCUGCAGGACCUGCUGGAGAAGCAGAACUACGAGCUGGCCCAGAUGAAGGAGCGCAUGUCCUCCCUCUCCUCACGGGUCUCCGAGGUGGAGCAGGAGCUGGAGACCGCCCGCAAGGACCUCAUCAAGUCAGAGGAGAUGAACAACAAGUACCAGAGGGACAUCAAAGAGGCCAUGUGUCAGAAGGAGGACAUGGAGGAACGGAUCGUGACAUUGGAAAAACGCUACCUGAGCGCCCAACGGGAGUCCACCUCGGUGCACGACAUCAACGACAAACUGGAGAACGAGUUGGCCAAUAAGGAGGCGUUCCUUCGACAGAUGGAGGAGAAGAACAGGCAGCUACAGGAGAGGCUAGAGCUCGCAGAGCAAAAGCUCCAGCAGACCAUGAGGAAGGCCGAGACGCUGCCGGAAGUAGAGGCUGAGCUGGCCCAGAGGAUAGCAGCCCUCACCAAGGCGGAAGAGCGUCACGGGAGCAUUGAGGAGCGAAUGAGGCACUUGGAAUGCCAGCUGGAGGAGAAGAACCAGGAGCUGCUACGGGCUCGGCAGAGAGAAAAGAUGAAUGAGGAGCACAACAAGCGACUGUCGGACACGGUGGACAGACUCCUCACAGAGUCCAACGAGCGACUUCAGCUACACCUGAAGGAGAGAAUGGCAGCUCUAGAAGAGAAGAAUCUGCUAAUCCAAGACUCGGAAGGUUACAGGAAACAGUUUGAGGAGUCAAUCCAAGAAAAAACACAGCUGGCAGAGGAGAUAGAGAAACUGAGAUCGGAGCUCGACCAAUUCAGAUUGAGGGCAGGCUCCCUCACAGAACCCACCCUGUCACGGUCUCAUCUGGACACCUCAGCUGAGCUCCGAUUCUCGUUGGGAUCUCUGGCUGAAACCCAGUCGGACCACUACCGCUCAGCCAAGGUCAUCCGCCGGCCAAGGAGAGGUCGAGUAGGUCUUCGUGAAACCAAGGCUAAAUCGCUGGGGGAGCAUGAAUGGCGCUCGCAGCAGCUCGGGGUUCUAGGAGGCCACCACUUUGAGAGCGACACCGAGAUGUCGGACAUCGACGACGACGACAGGGAAACGUUGUUUAGCUCGAUGGACCUGCUCUCACCCAGCGGCCACUCUGAUGCACAAACUUUGGCCAUGAUGUUGCAGGAGCAGCUGGACGCAAUCAACAAGGAGAUUCGGCUGAUCCAGGAGGAGAAGGAGUCGACGGAGCUGCGGGCGGAGGAGAUAGAAAACCGGGUCGCCAGCGUCAGCCUUGAGGGCCUCAACCUGGCUCGAAUGCACCACCCUGGAGCCUCCAUCACUGCCUCAGCCACCGCCUCCUCCCUGGCCUCCUCCUCCCCGCCCAGCGGACACUCCACCCCUAAACUUGAUCCUCGAAGCCCUGCCCGCGAUAUGGAGCGCAUGGGGGUCAUGACACUGCCCAGUGAUCUGAGGAAACACAGGAGAAAGAUAGCAGCGGUGGAUGAGGAUGGCCGCGAGGACAAGGCCACCAUCAAGUGUGAGACAUCCCCCCCUCCGACGCCACGCACUGUCCGAAUGACACACACACUGCCAGCCUCCUCGCACAAUGACUCACGAGGGAUCGUGUCCUCUCUGGAGGCUGAGGCCAGCGCUCUGAGCAGCGUAGCCAGCAGCCAAGAUUCCCUCCACAAGCAGCCGAAGAAGAAGGGCAUCAAGUCCUCCAUCGGACGGCUUUUCGGCAAGAAGGAGAAAGGCAGACUGGGACAUAUGGCACACAGACAGGUCAUGGUUGAUCCACAAGCGACCAUGAUGGACCCAGACAUGGCGGGCCAGGACAUGGGUGUGGGCAAGCUGGGAACUCAGGCCGAGAAGGACCGCAGGUUGAAAAAGAAACACGAGCUAUUGGAGGAAGCCAGGAGAAAGGGUUUACCUUUCGCCCAAUGGGAUGGCCCCACAGUUGUAGCCUGGCUGGAGCUGUGGUUGGGAAUGCCGGCCUGGUACGUGGCGGCAUGCCGCGCCAACGUGAAGAGUGGAGCCAUCAUGUCGGCCCUAUCUGACACCGAGAUCCAGAGGGAGAUCGGUAUCAGUAACCCUCUACACCGACUCAAGCUUCGCCUGGCCAUCCAGGAAAUGGUCUCCCUCACCAGCCCCUCGGCUCCGCCCACCUCCAGAACCAAGUCACAAUCUGAAGAGGGGAGCUGGGCACAGACUCUAGCUUAUGGUGACAUGAACCAUGAGUGGAUAGGGAAUGAGUGGCUGCCCAGUCUAGGACUACCUCAGUACCGCAGCUACUUCAUGGAGUGCCUGGUGGACGCACGCAUGCUGGACCACCUCACCAAGAAGGACCUGAGGGUGCACCUCAAAAUGGUGGACAGCUUCCACAGAACAAGUUUACAGUAUGGAAUCAUGGGUCUGAAGAAGCUCAACUAUGACAGGAAGGAACUGGAGAGACGCAGGGAGCACAGCCAGCAUGAAAUGAGAGACGUACUGGUGUGGAGUAAUGAGCGGGUCAUCCGCUGGGUGCAGAGCAUAGGCCUGAGAGACUACGCCAACAUCCUGCUGGAAAGCGGUGUGCAUGGAGCUCUGGUCGCCUUGGAUGACAACUUUGACUACAGCAGUCUGGCGCUGCUCCUCCAGAUCCCCAACCAAAACACUCAGGCACGUCAGAUUCUGGAGCGAGAGUACAAUAAUCUGCUGGCGCUGGGCACCGACAGGAGACUGGAUGAGGAUUUCCAUGGUCCGUCAUGGAGGAGGCAGUUCCCGCCCCGAGACGUUCACGGUAUAAGUAUGAUGCCCGGAUCAGCAGAAACGCUCCCUGCUGGAUUCCGUCUCACCACAACGUCUGGUCACUCCCGGAGACUGCCCCCCGAGGUCGGACCCUCUGCGGUGCAGCGGCUGGACAGCUCCACGGUGAGAACCUACUCCUGCUGAGGGGAGGAAGAGAGGCACCUUAAACUGUACCCUGUACAGUUCUGAAUGGAGAUUAACUAGGGGAGCUGCUGGAUAGGCCAACCUGCCGAGGAACAAACCAUUCUGACGACAUGCACUGCCAAGAAGCCCUGCUCUCUCUCCUCUCCUCUCUGACCCCCUUUCCCGACCCU